GCGGAUGUAUGCCUCUCACAUGAAGCUACCGCAAACCAAAGCAGCUAACCGAGAUUAUACUGUAGCGCUAAUGUUCAAGCUUUCUGAAUUUACGUGAAACGAAAUGGUAGUAAUGUCAAGUGUUUGCUGCUAUACUUACAUAUAUCUGGACGAUAAUUAGUAACGUAGCGAUGAUAUUGUCAAUCGUCAAAUUCCUGGCUACAACUCAUUUCCAGGCUGAAAUACAGGUGUAAAGACAACAGGUUGUGUCGGGAGGGCUUGCAAUUAGCAGAAGGUCAACCGUCAGCUGAUAGGUGCCAAGAUGCUGCUGUCCCUGGGCAUGCUCAUGUUGUCUGCCACACAGAUCUAUACAAUCUUCACAGUUCAACUCUUUGCUUUCCUCAACCUGCUGCCAGUGGAGGCUGACAUUGCCGCUUAUUCCUUUGAUAACAAAACAGAGAUUUUUGAUGAUCUUCCUGCAAGGUUUGGGUACAGGCUUCCAAGUGAUGGGCUUAAGGGCUUCUUGAUUGGUGCUCGUCCAGAGAAUGCCUGUGAACCCAUCGAGCCUCCUCCCAGAGACAACCUCACAGGGGCCUUCAUUGUCCUCAUCAAACGCUUUGACUGCAACUUUGACAUCAAGGUGAGGUUAAGAACAUUUCUGAGGGAUCGCCAUAACAGUGGGUAAAUUUACAUGGCCAGUAAAAUCAGAUAACUAGAAUAAUCAGAUAACCCAGUAUUAAGAGCUGAGUUUUGGUGCAAUUUUACAUGCAACACCUGGUAACACCUGGUCACAUAUGUCACUAAAUCUUUAGAAUAAGUGUUGUGUUUGAAAGACAAACUACAGUGAAUUUACAGUUAACUCUUUCAGUCGUGAACAUUUUCUGAUUUCUUUCUGUCUUUACCUUAUAAUUAGUUUGUCCCCACAUAAUUAGUUUGCCCUUUUUGCAUAAUUUUCUUUGCUUGAAACCUGCACCUGUGAGAACAAACAGACAGAAGUUGGAUUACUUACAUUGGAUACGUGUAAAAAUAACCCUUGCCAAUGGGAAAAUCCCUCCAAAUUUGUCACUAUCGCCCACCAUUGCACCACAAUAUAAACUGAUACUUAGUGCAUAUAUCAGUAGGUGGGUGUACAUGGUGUCUUAGAUCAUUUACUUUGGACACAAAAAACGGAAACUGUCAUUUCCCUAAACACAGUUUCCCGGAUGAGCUUCUAUUCCUGUUCUGCUGUGUGGACUUUUUCUUUUUAUAUUUUUGCUGAGAAAUCUUUGAGUAUCCAGAUAGAAACAUUCUGUUGCAAGCAUCAAUAUCAGACUCGUUAUUAUUCACACACAGCCUGUACACGUCACGUUGGUGUUGCUGCCACUUAUUUGGAGUGACAGCAAUAUUCUAGCUUUAGACUUGGCUGCAGAAUCCAUUUUUAUUAUUUUCACAGCGCUGAGCGCUUCUUGUGCCGAGCAGAAUUAUGGAGUGAAUACUUUACUUACCCUGGCUGCGAAGGAGUAUGUGAAGUUAAAACACUUUUAAUCACAUUUUGAUAACACAUCUUUCUUAUAGGUUUAUGGUAAAAAAAAAAAAAAAAAAAAGUUUGAAGUCAAUUUAAAUUACACAAUUUGGGGAAAAUCAACCUUACAUAUUGUCAUAUCUUGUUUGUAAAGAUAUUGUAAAUGCUCAACCAUGGAAAGUGCUUUUACUUUUUUGUCAAGUAUUACAGGUAUCAUUGUAAUACUAUUUUUAUCCCUGUUAUGACUGUUUGUUAGCAUUGUUAGCAAUAGAUGCUUUUGUACAUACACUGUAAUUGUAAUGAGCAGUAAAAAGUGUUUCAAAAUACUUACACACUAAAACUACUAACUAGUACACCAAUUACCACGUAGUUAUUGACUAAUAUGUGGCCCUUAAAGGGCAGUGUCUGCGAUUACAAGCUUUCUAAAAACUGAUUAAUGUAUGAAAUAUAGACCUUUAAAAUUAAGGAAAUGCAAACUGCACAAUUGUAUUUAAGUAAUCAGGACUAUGUUCAGAAAAAAUUGAAAUUAUUUUGCUGUUUACAUGUCAUUUCAAUAAUCUUUUAGUAAAAUGGCAACUGUUACCUACAUCUUUUACGUGCAUCUUGUUCAUUUUCUCACAUAUUUUCAUUUGUUUUGUCUAUUUUCUUCAUCGUGUUCCUCUCGCUCUGACGCGCUCCCUCACUUUUUCACUUUUUCCCCUCUCCGUUGUAAAUCUGGUUCAGCUGUGCGACCUUAUAAGGGCAUAUAUCCUCAAAUACACACACAUACACACACACACACACACACACAGAGUGGCUCUUUGAGGAGGCAGUGAGGUGUUCCCUGGACCCGAGCGCAACCAGACUCCAUUUCACAUAGCUAACUGUCAGCCAGACUUGCAAAGUUUAUA